UACGCCGAUCCCGUUGCUGACUUCAUCGACAAAUGGAACGCAUUUCGCUAUCGUCUGUUUCGCGAGUCCUGUGUUUACCACCGCGGCAAUUAUGUCAAAGAUCUCAGCCACUUGGGUCGUCCCAUCAACCAGGUUGUGAUAUUAGACAAUUCACCGGCCUCCUAUAUGUUUCAUGCGAGUCAUGCUGUGCAAAUUUCGUCAUGGUUUGACGAUGCGAACGACCGGGCACUUCUAGACUUGAUACCAUAUUUUGAGCGACUCGCUUCACAUCCGAAUGUUGUGGACUUCCUGCGAACGAACACUCCUCCCACACCAUAUGCUGCGGUCGGUACUGUGGGGCUUCCUGCAGCAGCUUUAACAAAUGUACCUCUGUCUGAUGUUGCCGGUCGAUCUACCGAUAGUGGCGCUGUUAUUUCCAGCAUACGCCGACCUACUGUUGCUUCACCACUCCCAGUCACCCUUCAUGAAUCUCGUCCAGGUCAACAACGCCGAGAGGGACCGACAGUAACUACGACAUCCUCUACGGUAGCGGAGCCGCGGCGAAUUCAACCUCAAAGUUCCACAACAAAUCAGAGGUUACCUGGUGCAAGCACUCUUCCCGUCAUCACGAAGGUAGCAGCCCCUAGUAGCGGAGCUUCCUCGAUGAGAAAACCAGCAGAACAGGAAUUGGCCGCGUCAUUUCCUGCCCCUUUAAGUCUGGCCACUUAUGUCCCUGUUCCAUCACCACCGACAGCUGUUGCAAUUUCAAAUUCCACUUCGAGUAAUUCUACUCAGGCUCGUGUAGGUGAUUCGGUUAGCAACUCACACAAUUUCCCCGGUUCUGUUCGUCGGAACUCCUUGUCAUCAGGUAAUUCCGGUUCCAGACUGGCCUAUGGCACUCUCGGCGUCAUGGAACGGUCACCCACAGUCGCUGUGGAUUUCUCCCCGAAACUCGCCGAGACCGGCUCUUCGGAGCACCAAAAGCGAGUCACACAUAGGCAUCCAGGUAAACCUGCUUGUUCAUCUUCUGGUGAAAAUCAUCACUUGGGUCUUGACAGCGCUCCACGUCGACUUGGGACGGUGAAAAAUCUACCAGAUGCUAGCCCACCACUUAGAACCUCUAGCCCACCGUUGUCAGUUGCCCCGAGUCCAGUAUCUGCAAGACGUAUUGCCCCAUGA